UUAAUAUUUUUAUUUUUAUUUUACACUUCUAUUAAUAAAUAAAAAGAAAUGUCUAAUUUAGAAAAAGAAUCGAGUUCUGAACAACCAGUUCAUUCCAUUGAAAAACACCUCGAAGAAAAAAAAAACGAAGAAUCACAAGGUCAUCUAGACGAAACGACUACUACUUCUUUAUUACAAAGGAAUAUGAUUGUACCCAAUUCUGAUGAUCACUUAUCUGAACAAGUACGCAUCUUGAAAGAUGCUUUCCCAAGUACGGAUGUAGAAGUGAUAGAAGCUGUUCUUCAAAGUCAAAAUAAUAAUAUGGAAGCUACAAUUGAAUCACUACUGGCUAUAUCCGAUCCUAGUUACACACCCUCAGUUCCUGUCGCUUCAGAACAACAAACACCUCCUAUGCCCCCACGUCCCUCUAAACCUAACAACAGACCACCCUAUACUUAUUGGGAAGACGCAUCUAAAACAGGUAUUCAUAGUGUAGAGGAGCAAGUUCGAAUGGACGAAGAGUUGGCUAGAAAAUUAGCUAUGGAAGAUGAAAUGAGAACUCAACAGCUACGCCCAAAACAGCAAUGGAGACAAGAAGAGGAGCCUAUUUUUAAUUUUCAAGAAUUGCCACUUAUUAAAGAAAAAAUGAAAGAAGCAGGAAAUGCUGCCAAGAAAAAGAUGUUAAAUUUUUAUAAUCAACUCAAGGCAAAUACACAAAAAAAUACAAAUCAAAAUUAUCAGCAUGAAUCUUCAUCUAUGCCUACUACAAAUGCGUUAUAUAGAGGAUUACCAAGUGAUGAUGGAGAUGAUCUUUUAACUGGAGAUAUAUCUGCACUUCAUUUAUCAGAUUAUGAUGUAUAUGCAAAAACUGGAGGGAAGACAAGAAAUUCAAAUGAAUAUAAAAAAGAUAAUGAUGUUAUCUACGUUAAUUCCCCGUUAAAUACAACGAGAAGUUUGCAAACAUCUACUUCUGAAGCACAACUUAAAGCAGAUGAAAACUUUGCAAGACAAUUAGCUGAAGAAGAGUCAAGGGAGGCAAGAAGGCUAUCCUCUAAUAUGACGGUGAAUACCACUUUACAACCACCUCAAAUGCCACCUAGAAAAUCCGUUAGUCCUACAGUAGUUAUUUCAACAAGAUCACCUUUAGAGUAUGAAGGAGAUUCAGAUUAUGAAGAUGUUGGUUUAACUGUUGCAUCUACAACAGAAAGUAAAAAUAACAAGAUAGAAAGUCCUAACAAUGAUGAAUUAGAGACAGAUAAUAAUAAUGUUCCAUAUGUUAUUGGAGAUGAUGAUGAUGACUCUGAUUCAGAAGAUAAUUUGAUUGAUGAUAUUGAAGAAGAAGAAGAAGAUAAUAAGUCAAAGAAAGAUGACAUUGCUACUAUAACUACUACUAAUAAAGAAAAUGCAACAGCAGCAGCAGCAGCCGUUUUAAAAUGUGAGGAUGAAGACACUAAGAAGGAUAAUGAAAAACCAUCUGCUACUACAAAAUAAAGGUUGUAAUUCAAGUAAAUUAAAUAAAAGGUUUUUCGUAUAUAUGAUCAUCAUCAUCAUAAGGU